AGGCAAGUGAGUGUUUCUUCUUCAUGGAGUUUAUGUACGGCUCUAUCUUGUUUCCAAGAUACACCCCCCCCUUUUUUUUAACUCUCUUUGCUUCAACUUUAAAAUUCAUACAUAGAAACAUUCUUUCCUUUGUUUCUUUUUAGAAUUUGUUGUUUUUCAUUUUGAUUCUUCCAUUGAUGAAAGCUGUUUCAUUUAGAACUUUUACUUGAUAAGGUGUUUGAGUGUUGAAAAAUAUGAAUACCAAAGCCAAGAAAGUUCCACUGAAGCAUGAAAAAGAGAAAGCAGAUAUGCAGGGUACCAAGUCAGUGGUUACUACAAAGGCAAUGAAAAACAAACGAGCUUCGAUCAAUGAGAGAAAGAUGGCCCUUCAACAAGAUGUUGAUAAAUUGAAGAAGAAGCUUAGACAAGAAGAGAAUAUUCAUAGAGCUUUAGAGAGAGCUUUUAAUAGACCUUUGGGAGCUUUACCUCGUCUUCCUCCAUAUCUUCCUCCUUCAACAUUGGAGCUUUUGGCUGAAGUGGCAGUACUCGAAGAAGAGAUCGUUCGGCUCGAAGAACAGGUCGUACACUUCCGACAAGACUUGUAUCGAGAAGCUGUUUAUACAUCAUCGUCGAAAAGGAACAUGGAAAGUUCAGUUGAUUUGAAUGAGCCUUGCUUGGAUAAUCCUAAACAGAAAACUUUAACUCGAUGCACAUCGAUGGCAAGUUAUUCACAAUCCUUUUCGGAUGAUAAAAGAGGAAAAGAGAAUCAGUCUCGGACUAAUUCCGCAAAGAGCAAUAAGGGACCUCUUUUGAAGAGACCUUUGAUCGAUUCGAAGUCAUCGGAGAAGCGUUUAGAUCCUCAAAAAUUGCAGAUGGAAUGUAGAGUGAGAGACCAAAGCAAUGCAGAAACACGAAAUAUAAGCAUCCCUGAUGAGAGACAGUCGGGAGACGAUGGACCGAAUAAAGUUUCGGAGGACCUUAUAAGAUGUUUAUCCAGCAUUUUCUUAAGAAUGAACUCAAUAAAGAAAACUUUUCCUUCAUUAUCAAUGUUGGGGUCUCAAGAAACCGGAUUUCGUGAUCCUUACGGUAUUUGUUCGGAUUAUGGAGAAAGAGAUAUUGGACCAUAUAAGCAUUUAGUUUCGAUCAGUGAUGACUCGAUCAAUCUAAAUCGAACAUCGAAUUCUUUAUUUCUGUUGCAUAGAUUGAAACUCCUCCUUGCAAGAUUGGCCUCAUUGGACUUGCAAAACCUUAACCAUCAAGAAAAGCUUGCAUUUUGGAUAAAUAUUUAUAAUUCUUGCAUGAUGAAUGCAUUCUUAGAACAAGGAGUACCAGAAAGUCCAGAAAUGGUUGUGGAACUGAUGAGAAAGGCAACCAUAAAUGUUGGGGGACACCUGUUGAAUGCAAUAACUAUAGAACAUUUCAUUCUCAGAUUGCCUUACCACUCAAAAUUUGCUUUUCCAAAGGGUACCAAAAAUGAUGAAAUGACAGCCAGGGGCAUGUUCGGAUUGGAAUUAUCUGAACCAUUGGUGACAUUUGCCCUUGCAUGUGGAAGCUGGUCCUCUCCUGCUGUUCGUGUUUUUACCGCUUCUCAAGUCGAAAACGAGUUGGAAGUGGCAAAGAGAGAGUACUUGCAGGCUGCAGUUGGGAUUUCAUCAACAGAGUUUGCAAUCCCAAAGCUAUUAGAUUGGUACUUGCUUGACUUUGCUAAGGACUUAGAUUCGUUGCUUGAUUGGAUUUGCCUUCAAUUACCUAAUGAACUGGGGAAAGAAGCAAUUAAAUAUCUAGAAGGAGCUCAAGGAGAGUCUCUUGUAAAGUUUGUUCAAAUUAUACCUUAUGAGUUCAACUUUAGGUACCUUUUAUGCACAUAAAAUAUAUCAUUUUGGCAUUCACUUGGAACUUGUUGAAGGGUAUCAACUUCUGUACAGUCUUAGAUCAAAUACCAAGUAUAGUGUAAUUGGAAAGUAGUUGUGAAAAGAAUGUUCAUCAGGGUUUUCUACAUGUAAUUAAUAAAUACUUCUCUCUAUGGAUAA